GGUUAACAGACGACAAAAGAUCGUUUGCAGUUCAGAUGUUUAGGUGCAUGCUUUAGCGGAGCCAAGGUUCCUCGCAAUGAACGUUACGUUGUCAACGUGGAGCUGAGCGUGGAUCAGGACUGCUCUUAUGGCGGCGGACAUGAAAGAGACGAUCAACGUUACAGUAGUACAAAAUUGGACGCUGUACUGGGAUGUGACCACGGCGAGAGAUGACAUCCGAUUUCCCGAGACGGCAUCGAACGUAAUGUUCGUCGUGGUGUCCGUGUUCUCCGUUCUGGGCACAGUGGCCAACUUGCUAACCCUAACAGCACUGACAAGAAAUCCGAGACUUUGUCGAAGAGCGACCACAACUUUUGUACUCAAUUUGGCGUUGGCUGAUUGUGUGUUCAGUUGUGCGACAGGGCCAUUGGAUGCAGCCGUUUUUUAUCAUCGCUAUUGGCCUUACAGCACGAGUCUGUGCACGGCAGUGGCCUUGCUGCGUCACCUGACUGUUGGAGCUUCCUUGUUUAGCAUCCAGCUGAUCACAAUAAACCGCUACAUGAGCGUGUUCCAUCCUUCCUGGUACUGCACCAGCGGAGGCAGCUGUCUUCUUAUGGUGGCUACCAGUUGGAUAGCUCCAGCAGUCCUUUUGCUGCCGCCCACUAUUAGGACCUCGGGAAGUUUUGGCUACGACAGCCGAGAAGCUAGUUGCACUAUAUCGAGAGGAAGCGACUCCCUGUAUAAAGCAUUCCUGUACCUGUCCUCUGCCUGCAUACCCAUCGUGACUUUCCUCCGAUGUUAUCCUUCCCUCUUCCUGGCUUUGAGGCGUUCGCAAAGACGGCUCACGUUGCAUUCCGUGUCUGCAAUGAAGCUAGAGUCCAUAGCUACACAAGACAAGACCUUUGUCAACGUCAACAGGGCCCCAUCGCUCGUGCAGCUGUCACCCCGUAAGAUGUCAACCGCCCCAAGACCGGAUCGCGAGAAACAACUUUUGCUCGUCAUCGUGGCCAUCUUCGGAGCCUUCCUCGUGUGCUACGUUCCCAUCUUGGUGGUAACGGGCUUAGACGUCGCGGUCGAGUACCCUUGGCUACGGUUGCUUACCUAUCUCACCUUCUACGCGUCUGCCUGGGCUAAUCCCCUUAUCUACGUGGUUAUGAGCAGGGAGUACCGGCAGGCAUAUGUGGCGCUCAUCACCGGCACAGGUCACGUGAGAGAUUCAGACAGCAGUUAAACGGACGGCAACUGUGUCCACGAAUGUGACGUUCUUCGUAAAUAAAAGAGUUCCCUUUUUCA